CAUUCGGCCAGGGAAGAGGGAGUGGGUUGUGUGGGUUGGUGUGGGUGUCAGGAGGAGCAUGAGGGCGUGGGCGUGGGAUGGGCGCACUACUCCCAGCAACAUUUCGUCACCUGCAUUACGUCCCAUCGCCCCAGCGUUACACUCUCAGCCUGUUCUUUGAGCGUCCCCGCCAGUGGUCGGUGUAGCCAAGGCGGCACACGACGAGGAGAAGCCAUCCCAGAAGAGGACAACGUUGGUAAUCUUCACUUUCCUGCUAAAGAUUGUUCAUUUACAUUAAAAUGACUCAGCAAAAACAAGUGAAGAAGUCUUGGUGCUGCGGGUGCUUCGGCUGGCUCUUCGCCAGGCGGAAGCGCCGCAGCCCCUCCGAGGAACCUGACGACAUCGUCGAGGAAACAGAAAACGCGGGUGCCCAGGCCGAUGCAGGGCAACAGGCCCUGGUCUGCCUGAAGAAGGCUGCUCAGCCUCUCGCAGUGGUGGAGGAGAUCCCCUCCGACACCCUGCAGGAUGCUGAUGGGGUGGUGGGGAAGGGCGAAAAGGAGGCCACUGGCAGGAGGCGUCAGACUCUCAUCAUCACAAUCCACUUGGUGAAGAGAGAGAAGGUCCACAAGCCAGUGGAUGAUACAACAGUCUCACAAAAAGACUGCACGCAAUUGGAGAGCCAUGGCAAGAGGGUUCACACUCUCGUAAUUACUCUGCACAUGGUCAAGAGAGAGAAAAUAAAGGAGGUAUACGAUGAGCUCCUCUCCGGGCACCAAGGCACGGCUGGGGACGCUCUUUCCAGCAGGAGCAAGGCCGUUACCGGCCCACCGGAAAAGAUGCCCCUUAUCAGCAGCUUCAAACGGCGGAAUGCAUCUCAAACCCCGGUCAAGAAAACUAUCAGGUUCAACUUCCAAAACCUGAACACUUUCGUCAAAAUUCGUGAGCUGUACUGUGCCUACGACUACUGCAAGUAUGGCUUCCCUCUCUCCAGCAUUCGUCCUGAGCUGGAAAGGCGAAAGGAGAGAACAGUGAAGCCACAGAAAGGGCCAGCAAAGGACGCGGUAAAGAAACACAACACACGACACCAGCAAACAGUUGGAGCAGCUCGCUGUGCACAAAUGAAUACCACUACUGAAGGGAAGUCUCCUAAAGGUAUCCUGAAGAAAGAAAAGAUGCCACGGUCCACCUGUCCAAGACAUGUGCCCUUCAACCUUGGUAACCUCCGCGCCCCCGUCAAGGAACGUGAGGUGUACCGUGGCCACGACACCUUCAGAUACGCCGCGCCGCUCCAAGUCACUCAGCCUCCCAACUUUACCUCGAGGCCUCACCAGCAGCCCGUUAGAUCCGCCUCUAACUCGCUGCGUGGCGCACCUCGGCACUUCGAGAGGCCGACACAGCGGAGCAACGACUCCUUCCAGCAAAACAGUGGCUGGUAUGCUGCACACAACUACACCAACAGACGCCACUCACAGCACCGCCAGCACAACGCCAGCAGCCACGUCCCGCCAAGAUACGAAACAAGGCAUUUCUACGAGGGACAGACACAUCGGGGCACCAACUCCCGCAGCAGAGGUCGUGCCAAGAGGCGCAAAGCCGAGUGGUGGCGAGUUUCUGUGAGCACCGGGCGAGUACACAGCGUCGUGAUCAAACUCAAAUGUUCAGCGACGUACAGGUGA